GUCCUGUUGUUAUAUCAGCUGUACUCUGUAUAGUCUUCAGACAAAACUAUUUCUACACGGACUCAGCAACAUUAAAAGAAUGAAGUGGUCGCUCCUCUGUUGGCUGGUCCUGUCUUUGGUUUUUUAUAACAUCACCUGCCACAUAUGUCAAAAUGCAGUUUUAAGGCAGUCUAAAAAACAUGUUUCAAGCAAAAUGGGUAGAAAAGGAGGGCUUUCAAACACCAGAUCGUGUAUGGAAGAAGUAAACAACGUUUUGGAAAAUGGAAACGAUGGUGGCCAUAUCGACCUUGGCGACCCUGGAACAGGUUCUGGAGGAAACAGAGGUGAAUGAGACGACAUCCCUGUCUGUCAGUCAUUUGGUGGCUGUCCUGCACAAACCCAGAGGCCCCUUCACAGGCCUUGAAAUACAUGCUAAUGAGAAUGAGGCACGGUCAGACAAGGCUGUCCCCAACAGCAAAGUGAGUGUUCGACUGCCGAGAGAGUUGGAUGCUGGAUCAAACAACACGGUCAUAUUCUGCAUGCUGACCUGGCCUGAAGCAAACUGGACCCUAUGGGGAGCCUCGGAUGAGUUAUAUGAGAGCAGACUGGUUGGCCUGAGUGUGCGGGGAAAGAAGAUCUCAGGACUACAGGAGCGUGUCAACAUCACAGUCGCUCUUUCUGUAAACGAGAACCAGGUGCCCAGCUGUGUAUUCUUUAACUUUUCAACAAAGGACUUUAGCAAUCAUGGCUGCCUAAGCAUGUGGGAACGUGGUCAGAGCCACAUCACCUGCUCCUGUGACCACCUCACAUACUUCGGCGUGCUCAUGGUGUCGUCUCCGGCCCUCUCAACUACACACCUGAAGAUUCUCACAUACAUCACUCUGAUUGGCUGUAGUCUUUCUCUCUUUGCCCUGGUCAUCACUGUUCUGCUCUUCAUCACUUAUAGAAAAGUCAGGGCAGAUGUCUCUAUGAAGGUCCACAUCAACCUCGCCCUCGCCCUGUUCCUCCUCAACCUGCACUUCCUCCCCAGCCAAACGGUGGCAGGACUGUCCUCCACUGGCCUUUGCCUUUACAUGGCCCUUGCUCUUCACUACUUCCUGCUGGCCACCUUCAGCUGGAUGGCCCUGGAGGGGUUCCACCUCUACCUUCUCUUAGUCAAAGUCUUCAACAUUUAUAUCAGGAGAUACUUGAUCAAACUCAGCGUGGUGGGAUGGGGAACGCCUGCAGUCAUUGUGUUGCUGGUGGUCAUCAUCGACAGAAGCUCGUACGGUCGUGUCCCUCUGGACUCUUCUAACCCUAACGGCACGGAAAUAUGCUAUAUAGGCAAUACCACAGUGAAGAUGGUGACUACAGUGGGAGUGUUUGGCUUGGUCUUCGUCUUUAAUGUGAUCAUGUUAGGGGUGACAGUCAGACGCGUUCUGAGUCUCCGUCACAGCAAAGAGUUUGGGCAGAGUGACUCUAACAGAGCCAAGAAGGACAUCUGCAGCCUGCUGGGAGUCACCACUCUGCUGGGCGUUACCUGGGGCCUGAUCUUCUUCUCCUUUGGCUACCUGACCACUCCUGUCCUCUACCUCUUCUGCAUCCUCAACUCACUGCAAGGUUUCUUAAUUUUCCUGUGGUUUGCGAUGUCUUUGAGAAAGACUGGAAACCCAUCUAUCAAGAUGAGUAAUGAAACACGCAGCACCAACAGCUGAGCCUAAACCACACCUGUCAACCCUCCCGUUUUUCCCAGGAUUAUCCCGUAUUUUUACUUCUAUCCCGUUUUUCUCUCGUUUAAAUAUUUUCCCGUAAUUAUCCUGUAUUUUUAACCUUUCAAAAAAAAAAAAUAG